UUGUGGUUUGCAGCGUGCACGCGAGCGACCUUUAUCUGCUUCUCGGCGCCUCGCGAGUUUAGUCGAUGUCAGUUUGGAGUUAGAAGAAUAUUACAGAGAAAUGCGGGAGAGCAAGAAGCAAACGAAGAAGGCGGCGGAGACCCUCAAGAAGAAGAACAGCAAAAAGAAGCAAAAAGAAAACAAGAGCCUCUCGCAUAUACUCAGCAGAGAUCCUGUUUGGUGGAUGUGCUCAACCGCUUCACUGAAAGUGCGGAUUCCGCCGAACCACGUCAUUCAGUCUCAGUUUAACCUCGCUUCCGUUUCUUCCUUCGAUGUGAAGGCCUACACAAUGCAUGAUCUCUUAGACUGGGAUUUUCAUGUUUUGUCUCUUCCUGAGCCUGAGGCAGUGCGCCUUUGCCGGGACUUGUUGGUAUACUACGCCGAACGCGCUGCUCUCGGCAUACGCGGAGAAAUAAUUAUGAAUUUUUGCGGGGCUUUGCAUGCAAAUUAUCUGCCGAACCCUUAUCAUAAUUUCUACCACGCUCUUAACGUUGUCCAGGGGUUGUGGUUUUGUUCGGUGUCUUCGUUUGACGAGGGUGUAGCCAGUAAUGUCUUGGGCUUCAAACGCAUGUGA